AUCUGGAAUAAAAUCUAGCCUGAAGAGACACUAACUUUGAAGAACUGCCUUGUUUUCUUUCUUUUUUUUUUUUUUUUUACAAAAUGAACAUUCAGAAGGCAAUGUUGUUUUUAUGUUGGAUUAUUUUGUGCAUGGACACCUGUCUAAGCCAGGAAGACUGCACAGGUGUGGACUGUCCUGUUCUGCAGAACUGCAUCGAAACGGUUUUAGAGAAAGGUGCCUGCUGUCCCACAUGUAAACUAAUGGGCUGCACCUGUGAGCGUUACCAGUACUACGACUGCGUCCAAGCAGGCUUCCGGAAAGGGAAAGUCCCAGAGGGGGAAUCUUACUUUGUGGAUUUCGGAAGCACUGAAUGCUCCUGUCCCCAGGGAGGAGGGAAAAUAAGCUGCCGUUUUAUUCCGUGCCCUGAAAUUCCUCCCAACUGCAUUGAUAUUUUACAACCUGCAGAUGGAUGUCCUCAAUGUGAGCGAAUUGGCUGUACCCAACGCAGCAAGAAGUAUGAGGCAGGACACUCCUAUCAGAUAGACCCGUGCCAUGUUUGCCACUGUCCAAAUGAAGGUGGAAGGCUAAUGUGUUCACCUAUCCCUGGUUGUGACCUUCGUAGUUCUAAUAAACCCAUGUGGGUUACAACUACUGAGAACAACAACCCUUUCAGAGACCCUAGCAGCCAUCAUGGCAGCCACCAGAAGAGUCCUGUGGAACCAUUUUCCAAGCUGGCACUGGGAAACACUCUACCACUGUAUAAGCAGGACCCACCCAGUUUUGGCACCGAGGAUUAUGACUAUACACUGGCAGGGCCAACGUCUUCCACUAUCCAUGAUCUGGCCCAACCACUGGAAUCUACUACAGCAACACCAGUUUACCAAGAGUCAAGCUCCACUUCCUUCAGCUCCCAUGAUGACAGUAGACAUGACCUGAGGAAGACACAAAAAAGCCCUGAUCCAGAGAGGAGCAGUGAGGCUGAGGUUGCACAUAACAUGGAUCCAACCACUCGAGAGACUCAGAGCGAAACAUCAACAUCCCUAAUAACAGCAACCAUACAGACCACAGAGAACCACAGGCCACAACUGGAAACUGGCGAAAGGACUAUUAGACAUAACAGUGACAGAAACAGAGUGGUACAGGAAACUUUGAAAGACACAGAAUACACUGCCCAUGCAAACAAAGGGGGAAUGCACUCUGGCAUUCACAAACAUAGUCAGGGCAGUCGCACACAGAGUCAUGGCGGCUCCCAUUCUGUCGGCCAUAAGUUACAAGAAAAAGUGUCAGUGGAGCACAGGCAGCUGCUCGGUAAAGAGGAGCGGAGCUCACACCCCACAAUACAGUUCAAUCCCACCAGCAGAGCUCCAGUCAGGAUGCAGGAGGAUGGAGAGCAGCCUCAAAGACAACCCCAAACACUCAACAACUACCGCUCUCAGGAUGGUGAGGGAGACACAGAAGUGUCUGCCAAAGAGCUGGUGAAGACCUGCUGUGAGACAGGGGAGAAAUGGGCUUCAGCUAAUGGUCACUGCAACAACAUGGACCUACCCAAGAAAGAUAGACACUCCAUCUGCUGGACUGCCCAACAACAGUGCUGCCUCAGUUCCCUGAGAGAAAGUCGGUGUUUGGCUGGAAUGAAUGCAGCCAGAGCAGGGGAUAUGUGUCAAGAGGACACCAGCAAUAAAUGUAGGAUUGAUUCCUACAAGGAGUGCUGUGACUGCUGUUCUCUGGGGCUGCAGUUCCGCAGUGAGGGGCAUCGCUGCGAAGCCCACUCCUACCUGGGCUUCCACUGCAGACACUUAUUUCUAACCUGCUGCGAUGGGGAGGACAGCACAGCUGGGAAUCAGGAUGACUGGCACUCUGUCAGAGAGAGGCCCUCUCUCAACCCCACUCCAACACCAAAAAAAGUAUCUGACAGCCCGUACCCUAAAGAGGCCUUCUCCAUCGGUGAGGAGCGGGAUGGGGAGAAUGCGGUGGAGGGUCCUGUUGAAGUGGAGGACAUGGAUGAGUGCCUGAUAUAUGAGGGCAACAUCUGCCACCACAGAUGUGUCAACACGCCAGGCUCUUUCCGGUGUGAGUGCUUCCCUGGAUACGUGCUGCAAGAGGACGCUGUCACUUGUGCGCAAGAUACGGAGGACAAGGAGAACGGACUGAAGGAGACUGACAGAGCGGCAGCAGAGCCUACUUCCCCACCUCUGCCUUCCACCGAGCCCCGUGUCCCACUCAACUCCUGUGAAGGAAACAGCCCAUGUGAGCAACACUGCACCUCAGUGGGUGGAAGGCCACAAUGCUCCUGCUUCCCAGGAUUCUCCCUCAUGGCUGACGGGCGCUCCUGUGAGGACAUAAAUGAGUGUUUGUCCGCACAUGCCUGCCAGCUGAACGAGCGCUGCGUGAACACUGCAGGGAGUUACAUCUGUCAGAGACUGAUCACCUGUCCCCCAGGAUACCAGAUCAACAAUAACAUAUGUGAAGAUAUCAAUGAAUGUGUGCAGCGGACCCAUAACUGUGGACUUGGCUUUGAGUGUGUCAACACUGAGGGCUCCUUCAGGUGCAACCCCAUACCUCGAUCUCAGUGUCCAGUGGGCUUUAACUGGGACGCACAGGGCAAAUGUAUAGACAUUGAUGAGUGUGGCGCUUUGGCCCAGCCAUGUAGCCAGGAUUUUAACUGCAUCAACACAGUGGGAUCCUACAUGUGCCAAAGGAAGAUAAUAUGUAGCCGUGGCUAUCAUGCCAGUCCUGAUGGAUCCAGAUGUAUUGAUGUGGACGAGUGUCAGGGCAGUCUGCAUCGAUGUGGAGAGGGCCAGCUGUGCCACAAUCUGCCUGGUUCCUAUCGUUGUGAAUGCCAGACAGGCUAUCAGUAUGAUUCAUUCAGGAGGAUGUGUGUAGAUGUAAAUGAGUGCUGGCGCUAUCCAGGCCGCCUGUGUGCCCAGACCUGUGAGAACACCCCGGGCUCCUAUGAAUGCUCGUGUACCUCUGGCUUCCGCUUAUCCAGAAAUGGGAAGAACUGUGAAGAUGUGAAUGAGUGUUUGGCCAGCCCAUGCAAUCAGGAGUGUGCCAACAUCUAUGGUUCCUACCAGUGCUACUGCAGACAGGGCUACCACCUCAGGGAGGAUGGGCACACCUGUGAAGACAUCGACGAGUGUUCCCAGAGCAUCGGCCAUCUGUGCACCUAUAAGUGCGUGAAUGUUCCUGGCAGUUACCAGUGUACCUGUCCUGAAUAUGGAUACACCAUGUCUCCAAAUGGACGCUCUUGCAGAGAUAUCGAUGAGUGUGCUACAGGUGCCCAUAACUGCUCUCUGGCCGAGACCUGCUACAACAUCCAAGGAGGGUACCGCUGCCUUUCUCUCACCUGUCCACCAAACUACCGCAAGGUGUCUGACACGCGCUGUGAGCGGAUCAGCUGUCCUAACUACCUGGAGUGUCAAAACUCUCCGCUGAGGAUCACCUACUAUUACCUCAGCUUCCAGUCCAACAUCGUCAUCCCUGCACAGAUCUUCCGUAUCGGACCCUCCCCUGCCUACUCGGGAGACAACGUCAUCGUCAGCAUCACGCAGGGCAAUGAGGAAAACUACUUCAGCACCCGGAAGCUGAAUGCCUACACAGGUGCUGUGUACUUGCAUCGACAGGUUGAGGGUACAAGGGAUUUCUUAAUCAAUGUGGAGAUGAAGCUUUGGAGACAGGGGACGUUCACCACUUUCCAUGCCAGGAUCUACGUCUUCAUCACAGCCAACCCCCUCUAACAGUUAGAGAUGUGCAGUGGCCACUAUGGACCUUAAUUCAGUUCCUGAAGACUUUUCAUAUCACUAUUUAACAACGUCAUAAAGUAUUCCACUGUCUGUCAUGAUUGGUUUUAGUAGUUAAUCUUGCUUAUGUCCAGUUGAAGUUAAUAUUUAAGCAUUGUUGUAAGAGUUGUGGAAUAUUCAGAAAGAAACUGUUGAACACUGCCUUAUGCCCAUUUGUUUUCACAGCAAUUGCAUGAAAACCCUGUAAUGGCAAGUUAUCUUUUUUUCAUUUUCCACUGGAAUUAUACAUGUAAGUAAUUUCCAUUAAGGAAAAUACAUUCUAUAUUUUCAAAAACCCAUUAAUAUCUGAAUCCAAAAUAAUAACUUUAGAGAUACAAAGAUAUUUAUUAUACCACCAGAAUGAAACAAUUUGCCAUUGUUUUGAUGAUCUUAACCCGAUGUAAGUAAAGCAUAAAAAUGAUAACAGGCAAUCUCAAGCUUCUUCCCAGCUCUUUUUUUGUAAUAAGAGACUUAUUGCUCAUAUCAUCCUGUUAUAAGAUGAAGAUGUGUAAUUUGAUAACAAUGUGACAAAAAGCAGAAGAUGAGUUUCCAUUACAGCGCCUAAACUAGUAUGUCUCUUUUCUUUUACCCUUCAUAUUUUAUCAUUUUAUAUUAUUCUAUAUGGUGUAUUUUUGUAUGAGACACAUUAUGUAUGGAUGUAUCAUAUUUUUAUGCUAGAUUCAUAAGCUGCAGUAUUUUACUAAAAAUAAUAAACACCUAUGUGAUUUGGUGA